AUGAGCGCCAACUUCCAGAAGCUCCAGGCGCUCCACCGUGCCCACCUGGACAAGGCGACGUCCAGGAUGGCGGCGGUUGACAAGGCGGAGGCGGACCUCGCGGGGCGUGUCGCUGAGACGCAUGCUUGGUUUCGCCAAGCCCAUGAGGAGCUAAAGGUUGCCCAGGACCUGCUGGCCAAGCGCAAGCUGGAGCUUGUCAUGAAGCAAGCCGACAUCAAGAAGGCCCAGGAGCUAGCGAAGGAGCAGGCCGCCAAAGACGAGGCCGCCCGGCACCAGCACCAGCAGACCGAGGAGCUGGAGCAGAGGCACGAGGAGGCACUAGAUGCUCAGGCCCAGGUCCAGGCCGACAAGGUGAAAGAGCUGGAGGUGGAGCGGGACGGGCUUAAGGAACAGGCCCUGAAGCUGGCGAAGGAGAAAGACACACUCAACGGUGCUCUGGUGGAGGCGCAGGGCGUAGUUCUUGGCAAGGCCAACGACUCCAGCAAAGACCUAAAGCUGAAGCUGGAGGGUCUUGAGGCGAAGCUCUCGGAGGUCCUCACCAAGGUGGUGCACUGGAACCCCAGCCUCGACUUCGACGCCGCGCUGGAGAGCUUGCCAGAGGAUGCGGACCUCACGACGCUCGAGGAGUAUGGCGCCGCCCGUCUGGUCGUCUUCUUCCUUGGAGUGACGACCACCAUGAAGCCGCUGCUCCAGUCAAACUAG